CAGCGCCUGGUCGCCAAAGACGUGCAGCCUCCGGAUCCAGCCAGCAUCCGUGUGCUGCGGGGGCACCAGCUGCCCGUCACCUGCCUGGUCGUCUCUCCGGAUGACAGGUUCAUCUUUUCUGCUUCCAAAGAUGGCUCCCUCAUCAAAUGGGAGGUGGAGACUGGGAAGAGGCUGUGCGUGGUGCCCGGGGGGAAGAAGGGCACUGAGGAGCGGCACAUGGGGCACGCAUCCCACAUCCUCUGCAUGGCCAUCUCGUCGGAUGGCAAGUACCUGGCCACGGGAGACAGGAAUAAGCUGAUCAUGAUCUGGGAUGCAGCCACCUGCAAGCGCCUGCACAUCUUCACUGGGCACCGCGACGCUGUGUCGGGCCUGUCCUUCCGGAAGGGCACAUACCAGCUGUACAGCGCUUCCCACGACCGCUGCGUCAAGGUCUGGAACGUGGCAGAGAACGCAUACGUGGAGACCCUGUUCGGGCACCAGGAUGUCAUCACGGGGCUGGACAGCCUGAGCCGGGAGUGCUGCGUGACG